AUAUAAAACGGACGUUACUUGCAAGAAUCGGAGUGCAGCGCGGCGUACAUCUGUUGUUUGAUUCCCAGGUGCUGUAGUGGUGACGUCACUAUGGGGUUGAUCAAGCUGGCCCUGACGGCCUCUGCGCUCUACUACGCAGGCGUACAUGGUUACGUCAUGUACCAUCUCCGGACGGCCGCUUUCAGAGUGGUUCGACCUCGACUGGGUAGUCACGUUACCGAGACGGAGAAAAAGAGAAUCAUCCAGUCCCGCCAGCCGCUGGUACGAGCAGUUCUGUCUCUGUACCAGGCGAAGCCGUCCUCAGACCACCUCAGCUUCUACGCCCCGCGCGCCACCUUCACAGACCCGUUCGCCAGGCUUCUCGGCAGGCGUGAAAUCACCACCGCCUUCUGCCUGCUUCCCAAGGCCUUGGAGAAGGCUGAAACUCUAGGCUAUACCGUGGAGCACGCGGAGGAUUGGUUAGCUAUUUCUUUGGUCCAGAGGUACACAGUCAGAUAUGUCCCGUUCAGUUUUGAGCUGCCAUCUGUGAUUCAUCUGACUCUGACAGAAAGGACGGAGAAAGGGCGGGAAACUGUCGGAAAAGGGCGGGAAACCAUCCUGACCCACAGCGAGUUCUGGUACGGAAAGGCUUUUGUGGACGAGUCUAACAUGCGCACCUUAGGGGUGGGCAGGAUGGCGGAAAAAAUACGACGGUUUCACGGCUGGUUAGUUACACGGUACGAGCUUAACCCACCGAGAUAACGGUGUUAACCUGCUGGUAGUUUGUUAACAAAAUGAUUAACUUGUUCAUCAAGUAUAGAUUAUUCAUUACCGUUUGUUCUGAGCAUUAUACUGUAUGAUUAAAUCUUGAUUUUGUAUUGGGCAUGUUUGUUUGAUUUUUUUGUCAACGUGCACUAAAAUAGAAUUAAGGAUGAAAAA